GCGGGAAGUUCGAGAUAUAGAGCGACGGUUCCCAAAUCUCUCCAUACGAGGCCUGAGCUAGCAGCGAUGGCAGAAGUCGUCGAAAGGAAGCCUCGCCGCGAGAUUCGGGGCACUGGCCUCGUCUUCGUCUGCGGCGCCGCUCUCUUCUCUGAUGGCUACCUCAAUGGAUCAAUCGGCAGUGUGCUGACACUUUUGCGUCGAAUUUAUGGAGCUGCUGUCCUUGCCGAUCACCAGCGUGGCACCGUCUUUGCUGGUAUCGGCUUCGCCGGAAUCGUCGUCGGCCAACUUUCCUUCGGUUGGAUCGUGGAUCGUUACGGACGCAAGAACCCGAUGUACAUUGCCAACAUCAUCGUCUUCGUAUUCGCUGCUCUGAGCGCUGGUGCUUACGGAAAGGGGGGAACGCCCGGCUCGAUCAUUGCAGCAUUGACAGCAUACCGCUUCCUUACCGGUAUCGGCAUUGGUGCUGAAUACCCGGCCGGUUCUGUCGCCUGCGCCGAAUCUUCCGAGAACAGUGAUGUUCCGAGCAAUCGAGGCAACAUGCUGUUUGCGCUCUUCACGAAUUGUGCCAUAGAUUGGGGAUUCGUCGCUGGCGCUGCAAUUCCCCUCUUCUGCGUUCUAGGCUACGGCGAAAAUCAUCUCAGAGCUGCUUGGCGCACCACGCUCGGCGUUGGCUGCGUUGUUCCUGCCGUCAUCUUCUUAUUGCGACUUUUCAUCCGCAGCGAGCCAGAGGCGUUCCAACGGUCUGCCAUCACUCGCGCGAAGAUGCCCUGGGGCCUCAUCUUCAAACGAUACUGGCUUCGUUGGUCAGCAAUCGCACUGAUCUGGUGGAUUUACGACUUUAGCGCCUACUCCUUCGGUCUCUACUCCUCUACCAUCAUCGAUGUCAUCACAGGCAGCUCUACUAAGCUAACCACGGUCUUUGCAUGGAAUGUAGUGAUCAACAGCUUCUAUUUGCCCGGAUGCAUAGGCGGUGCCCUCUUGCUACCUUUCAUCGGACCCAAAAAGCUCCUCAUCGGCGCGCUCGUAAUUCAAGCGGUGAUCGGCUAUAUCAUGUCGGGCCUUUACAACCAUCUUACCAAUCACAUUGCGGCUUUCGCAGUAGUAUACGGACUCUUCCUAUGCUUCGGCGAGGUUGGCCCUGGUAAUUGUAUCGGCUUACUUGCGGCAAAGUCAUUCCCAACUCCGGCCCGCGGAGUUUUGUACGGAACGGCCGCCGCGUUCGGCAAAGUGGGAGCUUACUGUGGCACGUGGGCGAUCCCAACGCUCAUCGGUGACUACCCUGCAACUGACUCAAGAUCCAUCACGGUUCCGUUCUACCUCGCGUCAUCUCUUGCACUUUUGGCUGCAGUUAUUGGCUUCUUCUUGGUCGAGAUUACGCCUGACUUUAUUGCCCAAGAGGACGUACUUUUCAAGGAGUAUCUCGCAGAGCAUGGCUACGAUAUCUCUGGCAUGGGUUUGACGGACAACGCCGAGGGCAUGCAGUCUCACGGCUCUUUCGAAGACGAUAAGGUCGCCGCCACAGAGACUACUCCAACUGACGAGAAAGUCUAUUAAGAAGCUCUCACGACUCAGGGCACGACUCGAGGAGCAGUCUACAUCAGGGUAUAAUGGGAAUAAUUUGGACUGUUGAAUGCAGUCUCUUCGCCUAAGUUUGAUAUCGCGUGUCAUGUCAAAAUUGGAGAGGCACGUGCCGUACGCUCUAGAUAUUUAGAUUGCUGUAAAGCUUCCGAGGCGUUCGCAGUGAUCGAUGCAAUGGCACUCAUGCAC